AUGGUGAGGGUGGAUGACGGGCUGUUGGGGAAUGAUGCAUGGAGUGAUGGGGGUCUGGAAGGCAUUUUGCGCCAUUCACAAUACCUCUCCCUCCCACUGCAACCUCAUUCUCUCCUUCCGCCCCCCAUCACCCUUCCCCUCUCUUUCCUCUCUGCUCUCCCCACCUCACACCCCCACUCACAGCUGUCAGCAGCAGCAGCCCCUCUUGGCCUCUCCCUCUCCCUCGAACCUCUCCACAGCCUCGGAAACUCCGCCGUACCUCCGCCCGCAGGCUCGGCAGGUUUGGCCCAGACCUCCACCCCAGGCUCGGCAGGAGUGACAGCAGGAGGCAGCUCUGGUUUGGGCGUGGGAGGGUUGGGAGGAGUGGAAGGAGGGGGAGUGGAGGAGGUGGGGGGAGGGGGGAGAGUGGUGGUGGUGCAGGGGAGUGUGAUGGGCGAGAGGGAGGGAUUGCAGCAAGUGAAGGGGGUGCUGCUACAGUUGCUACAAUCGGCCAAUCAAGCAGGUGUGAUAGUGACAGGUGUGAUAACGGUUGCCAGUGUGUUUGUGGAAGCAUGUGUUACCGUAGGUGCAGGUGUGAUAGGAGGUGGGGGGAGGGGGGAGAGUGGUGGUGGUGCAGGGGAGUGUGAUGGGGGAGAGGGAGGGAUUGCAGCAAGUGAAGGGGGUGCUGCUACAAUUGCUGCAGUUGGCCAGUCAAGUGCUGGGUCCAUGUUGAUUUUUGAGGCGCCUCAAAGAUCACAGGUGCUGGGUCCAGCCCUAGCAGCAGGGUCCUGUCUGCGCUGCUUCCAAUGGUCAGCAGGAGGAAGCUUCCUAACACGGGACACCACCCGUACCCCCACCACUAGCUCCUCCCCCGCCGCUGCCAUACCCAGCAGCACCACUGCUUCUGCCACCCCUACGCACCAUUCCCUCCACUCCUCCUUUCCCCCUGAAGCUCUUUCCCCUGCCCCUAGCUCGCCUGCUCCAUCAUCCCCUUCCUCUUUCUCCCCCUCUCAACCCUCCUCUGUUUCAUACUCCUUACAAGCUGCUCCAGAAGGCGUGUUCCUUGUGCCCUGGACUUCUGACCUCCCCACUGAUGCCCAUCUACUGGCCUAUCUCUUCGCUGCACACCUGUCUCAUCCCCAUUGGCUGGAUGACUACCUCCAAUCGCCACUGCCACAGCAGCAGCAACAGCAACAGGUUUCUGCAACUGCUGCUACAAUGCCGGCUACAGCUGCUAGCUUCGCCGCCCAAAAUCCCCUCGUCGUGGGUGGCUCUCUCCCUCGUGACAUCCUCGUGCUGCUUUCGUCCUCUUCCUCCUCUCAGUCACCCUCUGCCCUUCUGGGCGGCAGGUUCACGGCCAUUGUGGGAUCGAUUCCACCAGCUAAUGUUAGGGUGCCACCUGGCGCUGAUGUGCUUGUGAUAACAAGGGAUGCACCUCCUGUUUUCGUCCUUUUCUGGGAAGGCCAGCCGUCCUUCUGUCUACAGGGGAGGUUUGCAUUGUGGGAUGCUGUUUUGUUGCUGUGCCUUGGGGUGCAUUUGCACCAAGGUGGCGUAAUUGGUGAUGUUAGCCUGUCUUCUCCAUCUAUGGCGCUUUCUACUGUAAUGGUGCACGUCAUACCUCCAAUUAGCUCUUGA